AUGUCCGCCCCCAUGCUCUCGCGACGCCUCCUGCUCACGGAAACCGUGUCCUCCGCCGCCGCCGUAGGACGGUGGUCUCGUUUCGCUAUCAAUGCCUCCGUCUGGUCUCACAACUGGCUUAAGCCCGCAGCCAUCUCCUUGAACAUCCCCGGGAUCAUGGAGGGCCUUUGGGACUCUGUUCUCCGCGCCGUCCCCAAGAAGAAGACCUCUCACAUGAAGAAGCGUCAUCGGCAAAUGGCUGGCAAGGCUCUGAAGGACGUCAAGAGUCUCAGCACAUGCUCCGGAUGUGGCCAGGUGAAGCGCUCGCACGUCCUGUGCCCCCAUUGCGUCGAAACCCACCCCGUUGAUAUCUUCGCACUGGCCGUGACUGACAAGCAGAUCUUGUCGGCCUCGGGUACUUCUUCCCUUAAAGUCCACUCGACUACAGACCCCGAUUUUCCGCUAGUACAGUCUAUUGACGGUGCCCAUAAAGUUGGGUGCCAUCAUGUGGUCACUAACGGAAAUGGCUCGAGGGCCGUCAGUAUCGGAUUUGGCGGUGAGAUCAUGAUUUGGUCUUGUCACGACGGAGUCUGGGCAAAGGAUGAGGGGGCCUCUGUCAACAAGGCGACGCCUGCAGAUGUCUGGGCCAUCGCUUUAUCCGAAGAUGGACAAUAUCUUGCCGGUGUUACGCAAGAUGGUCAUAUCAAGGUGUGGGAUCUGGACACCAAUGGCGAGGAAAUCCGAGACUAUGAAACCAAAGGUAGCUUCGGCACCUGCAUAGAUUUGUCCGCGGAUGGCCGCUUCAUAGCGAGCGGGCAUGAAAAUGGUAGUGUUUACAUUUUCAGUACAGAAAGCGGACGCAUGCCAUUCAGCCUAUCAGGCCUGGUUAAACCUGUACGAGCUGUUGCAUUCUCCCCUGGGGGAAAGUUCCUUGCUGCUGCUGGAGAUUCCAAGGUAAUUGUGCUUUAUGACACGUCCUCUGGUGAACAAGUGGCAAGUCUCUCGGGGCACACCGCAUGGGUCAUGUCGCUUUCGUGGAGCCCCACGGGGGAGUAUCUCCUCAGCGGGUCGUUUGAUGGAAAGGUCAAAGUUUGGUCAAUAGACACGAGAGCAUGUGUGGCCACCCAUUCCGAAACAGAGAAAGCAACAUGGAGUGUCAAGUGGCUGGCGAAGAUCGGGAGAUCAGUAGGAUUUGCCACGGCUGGUGCAAACCGGAGCAUAUCAUUCUACCGUGAAGCCACUGGUGGUUAG